UCGUGCCAAGCGGAUCGUCCCUGUGUCGUACGCUCGUCCGCGUGGUGCUCCGCUCCGAACUGCUUCUCCCGAGAGCAGCACCUACCUCCGUCUGGCGCGGUGGUUCGAUACUCGUCCACCCGUGAUCUCUGAUCCACUGACUCUCUCUGCACGUAGGAUCUCAGAUCGGGAGACCGCGAUAAUAUCGAACGUGCGUCGUGAUCGAGCACGGGAAAGCAGGACGACCACGUGAGAUCCGGUCUCGGGAAGACGGGAAAAUAUGAGCAUCUCGUGAAGCCGGGAAAAGCGGAGUUUUCAUUAUGGAGACCGAGGAGCUCACCAGGCUUGUCGACGAGAUCUACAAGAAUAUCUUGGAUAAGUUCAACCCUGGAGCAAGGCAGCUGAUCAACGCAGGCAAGGCGUACCUGAAGGCUCUUCACGGAGCUGCGGCGGCGUCGCGAGUUUAUGUCGACGCUUUGUCCCGGUUAGCCCGUCAAGCCCAGCUGGGAACAUGGGGCGGUUCGAAGGAUGUGG